CCGUGGUCGUGGGAGUCCCCACCUCCUGGGUCUGCGCCUGCGCGAGGGUCAUGGCAGCCUGCCGCACCUGAGGAGGGUGGGAGGCGGUGGUGUCCCCUUCCCGUCGGCGGGCGGGAGAGUUAGAUAGCUACCCAAGAAAACACCAUGAAAGAUACUGACAUCAAGAGACUUCUGUAUACCAAUCUUUUGUGCGUAUUUUCAAUUUUCCUGAGCUUUUUCAUUCCAUCCUUCUUCCUGGAUAACUUCUCAGUACUGGAAGCCCACUUGACCUGGUUGUGCACUUGCUCUGCUCUUGUGACCGCUGUCAAUCUCCUGUUGUAUCUAGUAGUGAAACCAAAUGUACCUUCUAGAAGAAGUUCCUUAUCGCAUAAGGUGACCAGAGUUUUGAAAUGCUGUAUGUACUUUCUUAUGUCUUGUGUGUUCCUUCAUAUCAUUUUUGUUCUCUAUGGAGCACCACUAAUAGAGUUGGUGUUGGAAACAUUUUUAUUUGCAGUUAUUUUGUCUACUUUUACUACAGUACCUUGCUUAUGUUUGUUAGGACCAAACCUCAAAGCAUGGCUAAGAGUUUUCAGUAGAAAUGGAGUUACAUCCAUUUGGGAGAAUAGUCUUCAGAUCACUACAAUUUCUAGUUUUAUAGGAGCAUGGCUUGGAGCAUUUCCUAUUCCACUGGAUUGGGAAAGACCAUGGCAGGUCACUCUGGACAGAAGGCAUAGUUCUGUGGGUCUAGACUCGCUGGAGAAGAACAGUUCAAACCCACAGCCAGGAUUGUCUCCAAACGGACCCGGCAGCCUGUCUCCUCCUGAGCCCUGUGAUGGCUGCCAUUGUGCUUACAUGGGCAAUGCAUUAAAACCACCACCUACAAGCUGAUUUUAAAGCCUUCAAUAAUGUCUAGACAGAAGGCUGGCACAGAGCAGGCACCAAAUGGAUUUCUCCAGAACCAAGGUGAUGUGACACUCCUUGGAACUGGGCAACUACAUAUGAAAUCCUUAAUCCUUAUGGCCACCUUGCAAGGUGAAAACUAUCUCCCCAACCCAUACAGAAGGUAAGGAGCUGGCUGGUGGACUGAUCUCAGCCACACAAAAGUACAGACACAAUUUGGUAUCCAUCUGCAGAAUCCAAAACACACCUUCCCACUGCCAAACUACCUUCUGUUCAGGAGACCAGGGAGCAAAAUGCCUUGAAGACGCAGAGGCCUGAACCUGGUACCCUCCAAGCCUGGUGAGCCAGGUCAGAGACGAAAUUGGUAGUCUGAUGCCCCAUCCAUAUGCCUGUUUCACUCCUCUUAGAGGAGACAGCUGAAUCCGCAGGGAAGGAGGCUGUGCCUGGUGCUCUUAGCCACGUGUUAGCUUUUAGCUGAGCAAGUGAAGAGCCAAAUGAAAACAAACUCAUUUUAAGGCUUAUGUGCCACUGGGUGGUGGCGGCGGCGGCACA